AGAGAAAAUGUUAGUGGAGUACCAGGAGGAGAAUAAUCGUCUACGGAGCCUGCUGCGGAUCACACCGGACAUAAAACUAUGUAGAAUAGUUACAGUCUUGUCUCAUCGCUGCAACUCCUGUAUGGACUCGGGAGAGGCGGAGGUCGAGAGCCGUGCGUCCUCCGAAACACAACCCAACCAAGCCGCACUGCUUCUUGACACAAUGCCCAUCCAACCUGGAAGCCAGUCGCACCAAUGUGUCGGAGGAAACACCGUACACUGCGACAUGCCCACCACAGGAGUUGCUAGUGCGCGAUGAGACAAGGAUAUCCCUGCCGGCCAAACCCUCCCCUAACCCGGACGACGCUGGUCCAAUUGUGCGCCGCCCCAUGGGUCUCCCGGUCGUGGCCGGCUGCGACAGAGCCUGGACUCGAACCCAGAAUCUCUGGUGGCACAGUGCGCUACCUGGGAGGCCCGUCCACUUAUAUUAUUGCAUUUGUAACAUAACCAUGACAAAACUUCUAUUAGAUCAAAUAAAAGUCACGUAUCAAAAUAGCAAUUCAAUCUGUAGUUGACCAAAUUCGACACUCAUUGACCUCAAAACAAAAAUUCCUCACUUCGUGUUCUUAUGUUUGUGGCCAAAUUUUGGGCGGAGUAAACCCUCUCACUUCGCCUCUUCAUCUCUGACCUAGGCUCAGUGCAGAAAUGUGGUAAUUAACUACAAUGACCAUAAUCCAUUGUGCCUGUUCUUUCCGGCCAGAGAUAGAGGCGGAUAAACCCACAGAUCAUAUGAAACCGCAUGAGAGAGAAAUGUAGUCUACACAACACAACGACGAGAGGGAUAGAGAUAGUUUGUGAGGUAGCUCUGCCUUAUUGAUAGUUGAAGUAGUUGCUAAUAGUGGUGAGGAGGAGGAGUCUCGUGUCCGGAAGCGACUUCACCAUUCAUAUUCAGGGGUCAUCCAAACACCGUUUUAAGCUUUGUUUGACAAUUUAUUGACAGUUACAGCUGAUUUCGGGAUUGUAUAUCUAUUAGAGGUCGACCGAUUAUUAUUCUUUUACCGCCAAUACCGAUAAUUGGAGGACCAAAAAAGCCAAUACCGAUUAAUCGGCCGAUUUUUAUAUAUAUUUGUAAUAAUGACAAUUACAACAAUACUGAAUGAACACUUAUUUUAACUUAAUAUAAUACAUCAAUAAAAUCAAUUUAGACUCAAAUCAAUUAUGAAACAUGUUCAAUUUGGUUUAAAUAAUGCAAAACAAAGUGUUGGAGAAGAAAGUAAAAGUGCAAUAUGAGCCAUGUAAAAAAGCAAACGUUUAAGUUCCUUGCUCAGAACAUGAUAACAUAUGAAAGCUGGUGGUUCCUUUUAACAUGAGUCUUCAAUAUUCCCAGGUAAGACGUUUUAGGUUGUAGUUAUUAUAGGACUAUUUCUCUCUAUACCAUUUUUAUUUCAUAUACCUUUGACUAUUGGAUGUUGUAAUAGGUACAUUAGUAUUGCCAGCCUAAUCUCGGGAGUUGAUAGGCUUGAAGUCAUAAACAGCGCAAUGCUUGAAGCAUUGCUAAGAGCUGCUGGCAAACGCAGGAAAGUGCUGUUUGAAUGAAUGCUUACGAGCCUGCUGCUGCCUACCACCGCUCAGUCAGACUGCUCUAUCAAAUCAUUGACUUAAUUAUAAUAUAAUAACACACAGAAAUACGAGCCUUAGGUCAUUAAUAUGGUCAAAUCCGGAAACUAUCAUUUCGAAAAAACAAAAUGUUUAUUCUUUCAGUGAAAUACUGAACCGUUACGUAUUUUAUCUAACGGGUGGCAACCCUAAGUCUAAAUAUUGCUGUUACAUUGCACAACCUUCAAUGUUAUGUCAUAAUUACGUAAAAUUCUGUCAAAUUGGUUCGCAACGAGUCAGGCAGCCCAAACUGUUGUAUAUACCCUGACUCUGCGUGCGAUGAACGCAAGAGAAGUGACACAAUUCCCCUAGUUUAAUAUUGCCUGCUAACGUGAAUUUCUUUUAACUAAAUAUGCAGGUUUAAAAAAUGUAUACUUCUGUGUAUUGAUUUUAAGAAAGGCGUUGAUGUUUAUGGUUAGGUACAGUCGUGUAACGAUUGUGCUUUUUUUGCAAAUGCACUUUUGUUAAAUCAUCCCCCGUUGGCUGUCUUUGUUAGGAAGAAAGGGUCUUCACACAGUUCGCAACUAGCCAGGCGGCCCAAACUGCUGCAUAUACCCUGACUCUGUUGCACAGAACGCAAGAGUGGUGACACAAUUUCCCUAGUUAAAAUAAAAUCAUGUUAGCAGGCAAUAUUAUCUAAAUAUGCAGGUUUAAAAAAUAUAUACUUGAGAAUUGAUUUUAAGAAAGGCGUUGAUGUUUAUGGUUAGGUACAUUGGUGCAACGACAGUGCUUUUUUCACGAAUGCGCUUGUUAAAUCAUAUGUUUGGGGAAGUAGGCUGAGAUUCAGUGAUAAAUUAACAGGCACCGCAUCGAUUAUAUGCAACGCAGGACAAGCUAGAUAAACUAGUAAUAUCAUCAACCAUGUGUAGUUAACUAGUGAUUAUGUUAAGAUUUAUUGUUUUUUUAUAAGAUACGUUUAAUGCUAGCUAGCACCUUGGCUCCUUGCUGCACUCACAUAACAGGUAGUCAGCCUGCCACACAGUCUCCUCUUGUAGUGCAAUGUAAUCGGCCAUAAUCGGUGUCCAAAAAUGCAGAUUAGCGAUUGUUAUGAAUUUCCGAUUAAUCGGUCGACCUCUAAUAUCUAUUUUCUCUCCUUAAAUAUAAGUAAUCUGAUUUAUUUGUUUGUCUAUUCAUUUUUUUAUUUAACAUUUCAACGCCAGCUCCUGAUAUCAGGGCACAAAAACUACAAUCUCUCCUGAAUUAGUCUCGUGCACUUGUGCGCCCAGCUAUAUCCUGUCCCAAGGUUGUUUUCCCUGGGUUUCCCUGGCUAAACUAGCUGGCUAGCUGAACUAUGCUAGUUUUCGUCCUCAUUGCCAAGCUUCAUAAAUACUGCACCCUCAACUUCAAAACUAAUUUGCUAGUUAUACAAUAAGACAUUCGCUGAAAAGAAACUUGAAAACUAUGUUUUGUUUUGUUGAAUAGUCACGACUGGUUUGAGAUAUCUGUCGUAAGACAGCGGUGGCGAAGGAUAUCAUAAUUGCUACUUAACGCGGAUCCAAGUUUAGUUUUGAGAUCCACCGGCUCGUUGGGAUAUGUAGUGAUUUUGCCAACACAGCCAGAUAUGUACACAGUCGUGUACCCUUUAAGCUUUGUUAAACUCACUAUCGUAUUUGUUGGUUAAAUUAAUAUAAUAUGUAAUGCAGGAAUGUCACGAGUUAAUUGACAUGAGAAAACUUGAGAAAAUAGCAACUCUACAGAGCGCAGUGACUAAUGACAUCUGGACAUGGGAAAAAAACACUCCAAAAGGCAAAUUAGGGAGACAAAUUAACAUCUCUCUCAACGAUGCGAUUCGCUAGGCUACACUGACGAGUCACUCACUUUAGCUUCACUGUCUGGCAAGUCCCGACAUGGGCUUCAUAUCCUAGGAAAAUACAAAAUAGAUCUUUGGUUAUUUGAGCUGUUCUUGCCACAAUAUGGACUUGGUCUUUUACCAAAUAGGGCCAUCUUCUGUUUACCACCCCUAUCUUGUCACAACACAACUGAUUGGCUCAAACGCAUUAGUCAGGAAAUAAAUUCCACAAAUACACUUUUAACAAGGCACACCUGUUAUUUGAAAUGUAUUCCAGGUGACUACCUCAUGAAGCUGGUUGAGAGAAUGCCAAGAGUGUGCAAAGCUGUCAUCAAGGAAAAGGACUCCCUGCAAGUCUCUCUCGCUGACUCUGAAGAGGAGGUUCCCCCUGAACAGCAGCACUGUGAGCAGGAGUGGAGUCCCAGGCUGGGACAGAAGGACCCAGAGACCACACAGAUUAAAGAGGAACAGGAGGAAGUCAGGACCAGUCAGGAGGAAGAGCAGCUUCAAGGGCUGGAGGCUGAUAUCAUAGAGUUUAAUUUCACUCCAUCCUUUGUGAAAAGGGAAUGUGAUCUGGAGGACCCACUUCAGUCCUUGACUCUUCCCCAAACCCAGACUGUGGAGAACAGAGACAGAGACUCUAAACCAGUAGAUACUGAACCUUUUGGCACUGUGACCCACCUAAAAGGUUUCAAAAUUCCUUGUGGCCCUCCAGAUAAUCAGAACAUUGCUUACAGCCACAGUUCAGCCAUAUGCAGCGACCCAGUAGGACUUGAUAGCAGCCCACAAUUGGAUCCCAACCCACAAUUGGAUCUUAAUCCACCAAUGGGGGAACUCUGCACCUGCCCCUUUUGUGGCAAGACCUUCAAACAAAAAGGAAAUCUGUCCAUGCACAUGAGGAUUCACACAGGAGAGAAACCAUUUAGCUGUGGUGACUGUGGGAAAAGCUUUAUUCAGAAGGGGGACCUAAGGAGACAUAUACUGACUCACACAGGAGAGAAACCAUUCAGUUGUAAUUUUUGCUGUAAAAGCUUCAAUCAGAAAGGGGACCUAAGGAGACAUAUCCUGACUCACACAGGAGAGAAACCAUUUAGCUGUGAUUACUGUGGUAAAGGAUUCAUUCGCAAGGAGCACCUAACUGCACAUAUACGGACUCACACAGGAGAAGUGUCGGUCUCAAGCAGAACCUAACCUUGCAGAAACUGAUAAAUAGAUCUGUGAUCAAUUUUAAUGUUGAAAACAUUGUAUGUAAAUAAAGUUUGAUUUGAAUGAUGAGGUACUUAUCAAGCAGUACAGAGUAUUGUAGGACAUUCACAGGUCUGCUGUUCAAAGUCUGUAGAAUCGUUGUCUUCGUUAGAAACAGGAAUAUCUGAUCGUUUGAUUAGGAUCUCGUGGUGAUAAAGGGGCAGGCUGAUGUUAUUGAUGCCAUGAAAUACAAUUCCAGAAAAUAUCUCCUUCUGUUUUGUCCCAAAGAGUUUUUUCUCAUCAAUUCAGACCUAAUGCUGCUCAUUCACUAUGUGUAUUGCGAUUCGAUAUUGUGAUGUUAUUGCUAUUUGAUGUACAUAAACAUAUUACUCCUUAUAUGUCUCCUGCAGAGAGACGAGAGAGCAUCAGAAAAUGUGUUUUGAUCAUGGAAAUAAAAGUGAUGAAAAUA